UUCCAUUUCCAUGUUCAAUUUCGCUUUCACCUUUUGGAAAUUGAUCGUUUGAACGUUGAUCCAAUCUAGAAGGAAAAGUCAGAAUCGGAAAGGUUCGAGAAUCGAUUUCAAAACCCUAGGCGUCUCUGAUCCAGUGCAUUCGGGAAUUCAUAGCGUUCUUCAACUAGUGUCAAGAGAUCAGAGCGACGAUGUUGAGCAUUGCAAGGCGAAGAGUCUCGCCUGGAGGCUCGUCUUCUUCGAUAUUAGGGCAAUCAUUCCGUGCCAUUCGGCCUGGGGUAUCUGCACCUAGAGUUUACUCAACUUCUGGAGGAGAGAUAUUGCAUCACCCAAAAGGAUUUGGGCAUGUUCAAAACUUGUGUAAGCUUAUUUUACCAGGCUGCUCAGCGAGUUUGGGGCCAAUGAGGGGAGCUACCAUCAGUCUUACACAAAGGUCUACAAUGCAACUACAGCAGAGGCUUUUUUCUUCGGACAGUGGUGAUUUGGUUGAUGCUGUUGUCCCUUUUAUGGGUGAAUCGAUAAGUGAUGGAACUAUUGCCAAAUUCUUGAAGAAUCCUGGUGACAGAGUAGAAGUUGAUGAGCCAAUUGCUCAAGUAGAGACAGAUAAGGUGACAAUUGAUGUUGCAAGUCCUGAAGCAGGUGUUAUUCAAAAGUUUGUAGCCAAGGAAGGGGAUACUGUGGAACCAGGCACUAAGGUUGCCAUCAUUUCUAAGUCUGGUGAAGGUGUGGCCCAGGCUGCUCCAUCUGAGAAGACAUCUGAUAAAGCUACAUCUCAGCCGCCUCCUGCUGGAAAGAGUGAAGAGGAUACACAAGGGGCUAAAGUUGAAAGUGCUCCUGUUAUAGAGAAGAAGCCUAAGGCUACUUCUACUCCUCCUCCACUCCCUAAACACUCUGCUUCAGAACCCAUACUUCCUCCCAAGGAAAGGGAAAGGCGGGUACCGAUGACAAGGCUAAGAAAACGAGUUGCAACCCGGUUGAAAGAUUCUCAAAACACAUUUGCAAUGUUGACUACAUUUAAUGAAGUUGAUAUGACUAAUUUGAUGAAACUCCGUUCUGACUAUAAGGAUGCUUUUGUUGAAAAGCAUGGAGUUAAGCUGGGAUUUAUGUCUGGAUUUAUAAAGGCUGCUGUUAGCGGGCUGCAGAAUCAACCUAUUAUCAAUGCUGUAAUUGAUGGAGAUGAUAUCAUAUACAGAGACUAUAUAGACAUUAGCAUAGCUGUUGGUACUUCAAAGGGUCUCGUUGUUCCGGUUAUCCGCAAUGCUGGUAACAUGAAUUUUGCUGAGAUAGAGAAGACUAUCAACACUCUUGCUAAGAGGGCCAAUGAUGGAACUAUAUCAAUCGACGAGAUGGCAGGAGGCUCAUUCACAAUAUCCAAUGGUGGUGUUUAUGGUAGCCUAUUAAGCACCCCCAUCAUCAACCCUCCUCAGUCUGCAAUUCUGGGGAUGCACUCAAUAGUGAACCGCCCAAUGGUUGUUGGAGGCAACAUAGUACCACGACCAAUGAUGUACAUUGCCCUGACAUAUGACCAUAGGCUAAUUGAUGGAAGAGAGGCAGUCUUUUUCCUGCGUCGCAUCAAGGAUGUCGUGGAGGAUCCUCGGAGGUUGCUCCUCGACAUAUGAGGAAGUUGCAGCAGUAUGUUUUGCUGGUGUACUUUGGGGGUGGGGGGGUGGGGGGGUGGGGGGCGCCCAAUAUACUUGUUGGAAUGAGUUAAAACACAGAAUAAAUGUCUUCUGAAAAGGCUUGAAAUUUUGAAUGUUUCAAUUGUUGAUUUUCCUCCUCUUCUUACCUUAUCCAACUGCGGCUGGCCGGGCUCACAUUUGAUUUGGAGUAAACCAUGUAAGAAACGGUUUCCUUUUUUUUUUUUUUUUUUAAAUUAUAUAUUACGCAUAAGAAUGUGUUUGUAAUGUCCACUUAAUUUUACGGUU